AUGCUGGGCCCCCGAGUCUUGUCCUCCGUGAGGCAGGGGCUGAGCAGGGGCUUAUCUAGGAAUGUGGGGGUCCGAACUUCAGGGGAGGGGAGGAAAGUGGACAUCGCAGGCAUCUACCCCCCUGUGACCACCCCCUUCACCGCCACCGCAGAGGUGGACUAUGGGAAACUGGAGGAGAAUCUGCGCAAACUGGGCACCUUCCCCUUCAGAGGCUUUGUGGUCCAGGGCUCCAACGGUGAAUUCCCCUUCCUGACCAGCAGUGAUCGCCUGGAGGUGGUGAGCCGUGUGCGCCAGGCCAUGCCCAAGGACAAGCUCCUGCUAGCUGGCUCUGGCUGCGAGUCUACUCAAGCCACAGUGGAGAUGACCGUGAGCAUGGCCCAGGUAGGGGCUGAUGCCGCCAUGGUGGUGACCCCUUGCUACUAUCGCGGCCACAUGAACAGCGCUGCCCUCAUUCACCACUACACCAAGGUCGCUGACCUCUCUCCAAUUCCUGUGGUGCUAUACACUGUCCCAGCCAACACAGGGCUGGACCUGCCUGUGGACGCAGUGGUCACACUUUCCCAGCACCCGAAUAUCAUCGGCAUCAAGGACAGUGGUGGUGAUGUGACCAGAAUCGGGCUGAUGAUUCACAAGACCAGAAGGCAGGAUUUCCAGGUGCUGGCUGGAUCGGCUGGCUUCCUGCUGGCCAGCUAUGCCGUGGGAGGCGUGGGGGGCGUGUGUGCCCUGGCCAACGUCCUGGGGGCUCAGGUGUGCCAGCUGGAGCGACUCUGCCUCACAGGACAAUGGGAAGAUGCCCAGAAGCUACAGCACCGCCUAAUCGAGCCAAACACUGCGGUGACCCGGCGCUUCGGGAUCCCGGGGCUGAAGAAAACCAUGGACUGGUUUGGCUACUAUGGAGGCCCCUGCAGGGCCCCCUUGCAGGAGCUGAGCCCUGACGAAGAGGAGGCGCUGCGCAUGGAUUUCACCAACAAUGGCUGGCUCUGAGGGCAAGGAUGGGACAGGCAGGAGCCCAUCCUCAGCCCCUGACUGGCACCUGCAGCCCGAAGAGGAACGAGGGGACACGAGGGCUGGAGGCCCCUUUCCUGCAGUCAGUCCCCCAUGUGCCAUGGACCAGGGGCCACACGCGCUCAUUCCGUGUUCCCACAGCCCCACGGCUCCUUGAAUUUCUGCCCGAAACUCUGGGUCUCCAGAGACCUCAGUCUGGGCAGGAGCAACUGUUUACUUGUCUCUCCACUGUGGAUUCCCACGGCCCAAGGCACGUGAGCCGGGAGCCAGAGGGGAAGAGCAGGGGCAGCCGGGCACAGGAGGGCUGUGUGUUUGAAGGGAGGACCCACCUAGACUUGGGGGUGCAAACCUGACUCUAGCACAAUGCAGGGGGAGCCAGGGCUCCUCGAAGAACCCAGUUCUGACUCUUUCCAGGGGAUGUGAUCAGAAAAAUGUCACUUGUCUUUGAAAGGCACCCCCGCAAGAUGCGUUCCAGCCACAGUGCCCUUUUCUGAAUCCAUUUUGAUUCAUUUCACAUUCUUGUCUCUGGAUUUGAUCUCAACCAUCAAGUGCACAGACAAGCCAGCCUUGGUAAAUAAUGACACCUAGUGGAUAAAUGUUACAUUCUGGAAGGCCGUUGCCAUCAACCCAGGUCUGAAACCUUAGGGAAGGGGGUUGGUCUGAGACAGGACCAUCCAUCCUCUUGCCUAUGGGCACUGUGCUUUUAUUGUUAAAGAUAAUUACUUUGUUAUUGCAAUAAAGUUUAAUAAGCU